UCUCUCUCAUAAGCUGUCCCCGUUUUGUUUUAAUGCAAUCAUUCAUGUAACCAGACAAGUAUCACCGUCCCCACUUCCUCCCCCUUCACUCUCUCUCUCUAAAUCCACUUGCUUUCUCUCUCUAUAUUUUUGCAUGAUUUCACAGCUCCUUCAUCAUUCCCUCCAAUUUUGCCUUUUCACAAUAGCUCAAGGAGGGAGAGUAAUGGAGAAGAAAGUGAUGAAUUUGAUAUUGAAAUGUGUUGCCGUUUUUGCGAUACUGGGUUUCUGCCACGUGGCCGCUGCGUCAACCCAGAAGAGUACCUACAUCGUUCACAUGGCGAAAUCACAAAUGCCGACUACUUUUGACGACCACACUCACUGGUACGACUCGUCUCUCAAAUCGGUCUCUGACUCGGCCGAAAUGCUCUACACAUACAACAACGUCGUCCAUGGAUUCUCGACGAGAUUGACGGAGGAGGAAGUUCAAUCACUCCAAAAUCAACCCGGGAUUGUCUCUGUCUUGCCGGAGUUGAAAUACGAGCUCCACACAACUCGGACACCGGAGUUCCUCGGGCUCGACAAGAGUGCCGAUUUGUUCCCCGAGUCUGCCAUAUUGAGUGAAGUGAUCGUCGGCGUUUUGGACACGGGUGUGUGGCCGGAAAGUAAGAGCUUCGACGACACCGGACUCGGACCCAUUCCGAGUUCUUGGAAGGGUCAGUGCGAAGAGGGCACAAACUUCACUUUAUCGAACUGUAAUCGGAAGCUGAUCGGUGCAAGGUACUUUUCGAAAGGCUACGAGGCGACUCUGGGUCCAAUUGACGAGUCCAAGGAGUCGAAAUCGCCGAGAGACGACGACGGUCACGGAACCCACACCUCCACCACGGCGGCGGGUUCGGUCGUCACCGACGCGAGCCUCUUCGGGUAUGCUUCUGGGACGGCGCGUGGGAUGGCGACGCGCGCGAGGGUUGCCAUUUACAAGGUGUGCUGGAUCGGAGGCUGUUUCAGCUCCGACAUACUAAUGGCAAUGGAGAAGGCCAUCGACGACGGCGUCAACGUCAUGUCGAUGUCUCUCGGUGGCGGUAUGUCAGAUUACAGCCGCGACAGCGUCGCCCUCGGAGCCUUCGCCGCCAUGCAGAAGGGCAUCCUCGUCUCGUGCUCCGCCGGGAACUCCGGACCCAGCCCGUACAGUCUCUCCAACGUGGCGCCGUGGAUCACCACCGUCGGCGCCGGAACUCUGGACCGUGAUUUCCCGGCGUACGUUAGCCUCGGGAACGGGAUGAACUACUCGGGCGUGUCGCUCUACCGAGGCGACUCGGCGAACUCAAUCCCGAGUCAAAUGCUACCUUUUGUGUAUGCUGGUAAUGCGAGUAAUUCUUCGAACGGUAAUCUUUGUAUGAUGGACACAUUGAUUGGUGAAAAGGUCAAAGGUAAAAUUGUGUUGUGUGACCGUGGGGUAAAUGCUAGGGUUCAAAAGGGUGCUGUGGUAAAAGAUGCUGGUGGGGCCGGGAUGGUUUUGGCAAAUACUGACGCAAAUGGGGAGGAGCUGGUGGCGGACGCCCAUCUGCUGCCGGCCACGGCGGUGGGUCAGAAAUCCGGCGACAAGAUAAAGAGUUACCUAUUGUCGGAUCCCAAACCAACGGCCACGAUUCUUUUUGAAGGAACGAAGGUGGGGAUCGAGCCAUCACCGGUUGUGGCGGCCUUUAGUUCAAGAGGGCCCAACUCGAUCACCCCGGAAAUCUUGAAGCCCGAUCUGCUCGCGCCAGGUGUCAACAUCUUAGCGGGUUGGUCCGGGGCAGUGGGACCCACUGGACUAGCGGUUGACACGAGGCGCGUGGGGUUCAAUAUCAUAUCUGGCACGUCGAUGUCGUGCCCGCACGUGAGCGGACUCGCGGCGCUGCUCAAGGCGGCGCAUCCGGAGUGGAGCGCCGCCGCGAUACGGUCAGCUCUCAUGACGACAGCCUACACAACAUACAAAACCGGUCAGAUGAUCCAGGACGUCGCCACCGGAAAGCCAUCUACGCCGUUUGAUCACGGAGCUGGACACGUGGACCCCGUAUCAGCCCUUAAUCCCGGACUGGUCUACGAUAUGGACGUCUCUGAUUACUUGUACUUCCUCUGUGCCUUAAACUACACCGAGUCACAGAUUAACACGCUUGCUAGAAAUAACUUCACUUGUGAUUCAAGCAAGACCUACAGUGUCAACAAUCUCAACUACCCAUCUUUUGCUGUGUCAAUUCAAACCGCCCACAUGGGCGGUGGUGGUGGCGGCGGAAGUGGUGGAGCCACCGUGGUUAAGCACGUUAGAACACUCACUAACGUGGGUUCUUCUCCAGCGACAUAUAAAGUUUCUAUUCAUUCACAAUCUGACUCGGCUAAGGUUUCGGUUGAACCCGAUUCGCUGAGUUUCACUGAGUUGAAUGAGAAGAAAUCUUACACGGUGACUUUCACAGCCGGUUCGAUGCCGUCGAAUACGAAUAGCUUCGGCCGGAUUGAGUGGUCGGACGGGAAGCACAUUGUGGGAAGUCCGUUUGCUGUUAGUUGGACAUGAAAAGGUUAAUUAUGUCCCUCACUCACUUGGACUAAGUGUGAGUGAAGUUUGAUUAUUGGUAAUUUAAAAUUUGUUAGGGCUUGUUUGUUUGCCAGCAAAAAAUGGGAAGCUGGUUCUAGGGUUUGAUAUUGUUCUCUGCGGAAGAAGACAUUGAAAAAGUCCAUAAAAGUAGGAAUCAAAUGUUUUCUUGCUCAGUAUACAUUGUUAUUCACAAUACUCUUAUGUAUUUUAUUAACAAAAAAAUGAAAACCCCAAAAAAUGAAAAUUAGUCAAGAAUUUCUUUGGA